AUGUGCAGCCGGAACCACCAACUGAAGGAAUGCGACGAAUUCAAAACGCUUACCCUUGAAGGACGCAGGCGAGUCGUGGAGCAAGAAAGACUAUGCCGCAAUUGCCUAAAUUUCCACGGCCACCGACCUUGUCGUUUGAGUGGAUAUUGCAAUGUUAAUGGUUGUACAGUCCGCCACCACCCUCUUCUUCAUUCCAUCGGGGGUCAGCAGACGCAGAAUAAUGCUGGCGAAUCUUCAGUUCGUUCAAACGAUCAUCAGUCCAACUCCAAUGGUCGUGGACCAUCCGCUUUCGAACCCAGUCCGCCCGCCGACAUCCACGUGCAUCGAAGUUUUCCUCAAGUUUGCCUGCUUCGCUUUGUGCCGGUCACAUUACACGGGAAGGGAAAUCUGAAAAUUGACACUUUCGCUUUCCUGGAUGAUGGUUCAUCACUCACGCUUAUCGAAGAAAAACUGGUUGAUGAACUCGGGUUGCAAGGACAACCACGAACACUCUGUUUGAAAUGGACGGGCAAUAAGACGAGAACGGAACAUGGCUCCAAGGUGAUUGAGCUUCAGAUAUCCGGAACCGAUCAAAGGCAUCAUAAACUACAAGAUACUCGCACAGUCAAAGAAUUAGCUCUUACCCCACAAACACUAGACUUUGGGACAUUGUCGGCUUCAUUUCGGCAUCUACGAGGACUUCCGAUAGCGAGCUACAGGAAUGCAGUUCCUCGUGUUUUGAUAGGGGUUAACAACCUUCAUUUGACCGUUCCACUUCGUACAAAAGAAGGUCAACCGCAAGACCCAAUAGCUACUAAAACAAGGUUGGGAUGGUGUGUCUACGGAGGAACAGGAUACCAAGAUACAUCUUUGUACGUGCACCGUUGUAGUUGCUCUGGUGAUGAUGCAUUGCACACAGCUGUUCGGAACUAUUUUGCUUUAGAAGACGUGGGUAUAACCGGGACAGCCAUUCUUGAAUCUGAGAACGAUAAACGGGCCAAGAGAAUCCUUGAAGAGCACACAAGUCGCCAAGGUGAUAGAUUCCAAACUGCCUUACUUUGGAAGUCCGAUUAUUAUGAGUUUCCUGACAGCCGUUUUAUGGCUGAAAAACGUUUCGAGUGUUUGGAACGUAAGCUGAAACGAAACCCAAAGAUGAUGGAAAGUGUUACUAAGCAAAUAGAAGAAUACCAGAUGAAAGGUUAUGCCCGUCUCGCCACCGAAGGUGAAAUCAAAAACUCAGAUCCUCGGAAAACCUGGUACCUACCACUCGGCGUUGUAGUAAACCCCAAAAAGCCGGAGAAGAUUCGCAUGGUGUGGGACGCAGCUGCUACGGUUAAAGGUGUCUCGUUGAACAGCAUGCUUUUGAAAGGACCAGAUCAACUAACAACACUACCCUGGGUCCUCUUCCGUUUCCGACAAUAUGCUGUGGCAGUCUCUGGUGAUAUAUCCGAGAUGUUCCACCAAAUCCGUAUUCGUCCCGAAGAUCAACAAGCUCAGCGUUUUCUCUGGCGGACCAAUCCAAAUAAAGCUUUCGACGUUUUUGUUAUGCAGGUGGCCACUUUCGGUUCAACUUGCUCCCCAGCAUCUGCUCAAUUCAUAAAGAAUAAGAACGCACGAGAGUUUGCGGAUGUCUAUCCUCGAGCUGUUGAAGGAAUCAUCGACUGCCAUUACGUGGACGACUACGUCGAUAGCUUUGGGACAGAGGAAGAAGCACAACGAGUUGCUCGAGAAGUCAAGGCCAUUCACGCGCGAGGAGGUUUCAACAUUCGUGGUUGGAGAUCCAAUAGCAUGAAAAUUCUCCAAGGGCUUGGAGAGGCAACAGAUCCUAAUCCCAAAGAACUACACACACAGCACGGCAUCAUCGAGAGAGUUCUUGGAAUGCACUGGCUUCCCAAUGAAGAUACUCUGGCAUAUUCCACCAAUUUUCAACCACAAAUAAACGUCAUAAUUUCAAACAGAAUGCGGCCAACGAAACGACAAGUACUGAAGUGUUUAAUGAGUGUAUUCGACCCUCUCGGUCUUCUAGCGGCCUUUGUCGUUCAAGGCAAAAUACUUCUCCAAGAUAUUUGGAGAGCCGGUACACAAUGGGAUGAAGAAAUCGACGACCAAGUAUUUGAAAAAUGGACCAGAUGGAUAGAUCAGUUCCCACUUAUAGCAGACCUCCAGGUUCCAAGAUGCUACUAUCUAGAUGCUACUGAAACACUCUACAAUAAUCUUGAACUGCAUAUAUUUGCCGAUGCAAGCGAAGAUGCUUACGCAGCCGUAGCGUAUUUUCGUAGUUCCAUCAACAGCAAGGAAUAUAAGUGCGCUCUAGUUGCGUCAAAGACAAAGGUAGCUCCUCUACGACAUUGGUCGAUUCCCCGGCUUGAACUCCAAGCUGCUGUAUUAGCUGCGCGACUAGAAACUUUUAUUAAAGAAGGCCAUACAUUGCAAAUACAUCGUACGGUAUUUUGGUCGGAUUCGAGUACAGUACUAGCCUGGAUACGCUCGGACCAUCGAAGAUAUUCGUCGUUUGUGGCAUGUCGAGUAUCUGAAAUAUUAUCUACCACUUCUAUCGCUGAUUGGCGAUGGAUCUCAACGAAGAUGAACGUUGCUGACCUGGCCACAAAAUGGGGACAAGGUGGCCAACUGGACGUGGAUGGUCCAUGGUUCAACGGACCGGAAUUCUUGAAAGAGGAAGAGGCAGAGUGGCCGCGUCCCAAAUCAAUUCAACCAACUGUAGAAGAACAAAAAAUGUGUGGGGUCCAUCAAAGCCUAGAAAGUCCAGAGCCGCUGGUUGAUGUAUCCAGAUUUUCUAAGUGGGAGAGACUGACCAGAGCAAUGGCCUACGUAUUCCGAUAUUUCAACAACUGCAAGAAAACACGUUGCAAGAUCAGUAGUUUGUAUCCCACGCAAUCCGAGUUGAGGCUCGCCGAAGAUUACCUUUUCCGAAUGGUUCAACGAGAAGCUUUUCCAGACGAAGUGCACCGGCUACUGGCACAAAUCAGCGAGCCGAAUAAGAAGCAGGUCGCCGUUGGAAAAGGCAGUAAACUGUACAAGUUGUCACCUUACCUAGACGAGCACCAAGUUCUGCGAGUCGACGGGCGGAUUGGAGCGGCGGUUAAUGUGGACAACUACAUCAAGUAUCCAGUGAUUCUCGCGAAACAACACCGUGUCAGCGAUUUGAUCAUCGAUUUUUAUCACCGUAAGUUCCAUCACGCUAAUUUCGAGACCGUGGUGAACGAAUUACGUCAGGUUUACCAUAUCCCACAAGUACGAUCCCGUGUGAAGCAGAUUGUGAAGCGUUGUCAGUACUGCAAAAUCAACAACGCUCGACCUCAAAUUCCAAGAAUGGCUCCUUUACCAGCGGCGAGGUUACCAUUCACUUUCGUUGGGUUGGAUUUGUUUGGUCCACUCCAGGUUAAAGUUGGUAGGAGCUCGGUUAAACGUUGGAUCGCGCUCUUCACCUGUUUGACAGUGCGCGCUGUCCAUGUCGAAGUAGUAUUCAACCUAAGUACGGAGUCGUGUAUUAUGGCGGUUCGGAGGUUUGUUGGUAGGCGAGGAUCACCACUAGAAUUCUAUUCAGACAACGGCACCAACUUCCGGGGAGCCGAUAACGUGCUGCAGCAACAAGUGUCAAACAUCGAAGAAGGGCUGGCAUCUACGUUCACCAACACUGCAACGAAAUGGGUGUUUAUACCUCCUGGAACACCACACAUGGGCGGCGCAUGGGAGCGCAUGGUGCGUUCGGUGAAGAAAGCGAUGGAGACGAGCGUGAGCUCGUGUAGAAAACUAAACGAUGAGGGCCUGUGGACUCUAGCAAUCGAGGCUGAGGGAAUUGUGAAUUCCAGACCGCUUACGUAUCUUCCGAUUGAGGCAGCGGAACAAGAAGCUCUUACACCUAAUCACUUGUUAAUCGGAAGCUCCAACGGUGUCAAGCAGCCGACUGUAGAGCAGGUAGACGAAGUAUUAAUGCUUAAAAAUACCUGGAACCAAAUACAACACCAAGCAGACAACUUCUGGCGUCGAUGGGUUCGCGAGUACUUACCGGAUUUGACUCGGCGCACGAAAUGGCAGGGUGAAACUCGACCCAUUUGUGUAGGAGACUUAGUGAUCAUUGUGGACGAGGCAAGAAGAAAUGGUUGGGUCCGCGGACGUGUUAAUGAGGUCAUUCCAGGGUAA